AGAUCGACGGCGAGACGGACAAGGUACUGAUGAUCCUCUUCAUGCCUUCUCAAAUCAAAUAAUUGUCUUACUUACAGUUUUCUAGUUAUACUGCCAAUGCCUGUGUAUGUUUACGAAACUCUUCCUGGACACAAAAUCAAUUUGCUUUGCUGUCGAAAAAUUCAAAUUCUACGUCUUGAUCCACCACGUUUCAUCGAAAAGCGAACAGGCGGUCGGCUUCUUUUCCAAAGAGAACCUGUCGUGGGACGAAAACAAUCUUGCUUGCAUAUUGAUCUUUCCGCCAUUCCAGUCUCAGGGAUUGGGCCAGUUGCUCAUAGAGUUCUCUUAUCAGCUAUCAGCGUUGGACGGAAAACUGGGAUCGCCCGAGAAACCGCUUUCGGAAUAUGGUCGAAAAAGCUAUCUACUCUACUGGUGUACUGCUAUCUAUCGAGCACUCCCAUAUUUCGAGAAGGAAAAGUCUGGAAACGUGUCUAUCAAUGAUAUAUCCAUGGCUACUGGAAUCAAGCAAGAAGACGUUGUCGACGCGCUAAAGUCUAUGGAUGCUUUACAAAAACGCAACAUUGAAGACUCAGAUGAGAAAUUACACUGGGUGGUCUCCAAAACAAAUAUAGAGAACUGGGCCUUGAAAAGGAAAGUAAAGACGAGGCCUCUUAUUGAUCCGAAUUAUAUAUUAAUAUCCUAAUUAAUUGGAAUGACAAAACAAAU